AUUAUCACAUGGUUAUAUAUAUUUAUUCUGGGGUCAGUCAAGGAAUUUCCAUGCGCUACUAUGCAUAUUCUAUGGGAAUGUGGAGGGGAAGGCGAGCUCUGGACGAGCUGUUGAUUGAGCGAAACCAAAGAGAAACAGCUGCUAACAGCGAAACGUGGAAAGUUGAAGGCACACGCGCAUAACCUCUAAGUUGCCUCUCGAAUCGAAAUAAAUGAAGUUACUAGAAUUUAACCGUCAUUAAGUUGGGUGUUGACGUAUUUUGUGAAAUUAAGUCUUGGAGGUGUUAUCUAACUAUCGUUAUCAAAAUGGGGACUUCUUUGAUUCAACAACUUCAGAAAUUAGCAGCGCCACAAACUUCUUUCAUUUUAGAUGAGAAGAAAAAAGCAUCCAUCUUAUUUGAUCCUAAAGAAGCCGCAAGUUUUGAUCGUGAAACCUUUUUUGAACUAGGAGUUAAUGGUUUAGAAGAAUUGAAGAAAUUGAAUAUGAGAUUUGAUCAAUUUGAAGACACACUUUUUGAUGUAUCGUCUAAAGACUUGCAGAGGGCUGUUCAGUCAAAAGAAGUAAAUGAAAAACUGAAUAGAGAAAUUUCAAAAUUUCUCGGCUAUUUAUCACCAUAUUUUCUCUUGAAAUGCGCCCAUCAAGCACUUGAAUGGCUGAUUCAAAGGUUUCAAAUUCACAAAUACAAUGUUGAUGAUCUGAUGAUGCUGAUUCUGCCAUACCACGAAACCAACAUAUUUGUUAGAGUGCUUCAGAUCAUAAAAGUUAAGGAGCCCACCAACAGAUGGCAUUGGCUGCAUCGGCUACAAAAUGCUGGUGUUCCCCUUUCUAAGACAGCGUUACUCAAUCAUUGUUCUUCAAGCACUUCUUUUCUCUCAUUUGUGUGCCACAUUCCAACAACAGUAAUGAAAUUAUGUAGUGAUAGCUGUUCAGGGCUUCAUACUCUGUGCACCUUUUGUUGUAUGACAAUUGUUGGUGCCUUGGAGCACAGUAAAGAAGUUUCAGAGGUGCAAGUUUCACAUAUAUUGAAGCUCUUGAUUGAAACACUGACAUCGCCAUUUCUUGAAUUUUCAUGUAUGUCCAUUGUAAUCACUGCGCAAUUAGCCAGAACUGUUAAAAUAUCUGAACAAGUGUUGCUGGUCCUUGUAAACAAACUUUCCAAGGUGCCGCAUGUGUCUCUGGAAUCAGAAUGUUGUGCUGUUCUCUCUUUGCUUUAUCUUACUCAACAAGAAACAUUGUCUACAAUUUCUGAUACAGCUUUAAUUAAUUUUACAAAAUCAAGAACAUUCAUUACUUCAUUGCAAAAAAUUAUUGAUGGAGGAGGAGAUAUAUUUAAUUUCACAGCAGUCUUGAUCAAAGAGGCAUCAAAAAAAAUUUUACAACAUGAUGAAAAUCAGGAAGAUCUGCAGAAUUUUUUGGAAGAAUUGCUAUCUUCUAUUACUCUCAAUGAAGAUGAUGCUGAGAAAGUAGUUUUACUAAUUAUUGAUUUCAACAUUUUAAGAAAGAGAAGUGGAGAGGAUGCAAGAAAAUGAUGAUGAUGAUACAAUGGAUGUUGAUGACAGUAAGUGAUAAUGCUGCUCGCGCUUCUCAAGUUUUUACAAUGGUAUUCGUCAUUUUUACGAAGUUUGGAACGUCAGUACUCUGUAGUAUUUGACACUGUUGUUAAGAAGGUUUUGGAAAAUACCAAAGAUGAGAGGAAAAGAAGAAGUCUCCUUGAUAUUUUAGGUUUUAUGCCUAAAGUUAAUUUCCAGAUAUCAGGAAUAGAUAUGUUUGAAAAGCUGCACCAUCCUAGUGUGUCAAUGAGAGUUGAAGGAAUUAAAUAUUUAUUAGCUAGUGUGAACAAAGUACAGUCUGACGAUAAAGAAUUUGUGCAAAAUAUUUUGAGAAAUCGCUUACAAGAAGACAGUUACAAAGUAGUGGGAGCUGUGCUCGAAUGCCAAGCUUCAGAAUUGGCAUCUUUAGUGGGAGAAGAAUUUUUUGUAAUGCAAAUGAUAAAGAUUUCUGCAAAAUACUGGCAUAUGUCCCAAAUAUCAGAUACUUUGAAAAGCAAAGUAGUUGCAUAUCUUUGCUCAGAUGCAUCUUUCAAGACCAAGCCAGAUGCUGUAUUUUUUGCUGUCCUUCCAUAUCUGUUACCAAAAUCAGAUGAAGAUGUACCAUUUGCAAUAUGUGCUUUAAAAUCUGAAUUCGCUUCAAAACAUAAAGUAAUGUCAGUUAUUCAGAAUGAAAUCCAAAAUCUUGCUACAGUUACUGAUGCAGAUUUUGUUUGUUCUGUUGUGUCAAAACUGAUCACGAAUAAGAAACAUAUAUUUAAUACUACAGAGUUAAUAAGUAUGAUAAAUGAGAUACCAAUCUUUAAAACAUAUCCUGUUUAUAAAUUUAUUGGAACAAUAUUGAUGACUGCUUCAAUAACUAAAGCUACUACAGUAGAAGUUAAAUGGAAAAUUAUGGAUACAGUUUUGGAAUAUUUUGCCUCUUCCAAUGUGAAUGAGAAAGUCAAGGGUUUGUCUCUGCUGUCUGACCAGACAAUGAGUGCAUGUAUGCAAGUAGCAUCUAAAAGAAAACUUCCCAUUCAGGGGCUCUUGUUUUGUUUACAAACUUUAACAAAAAACAUUGAGCUUUCGGAAGACGUCACUUGCCGCCAUUGGUGGGAUAUUUCAUCUAUUGGGGAAGAUUUCCACAAAAGCAAUUCGUUAUUUUUCAUUAAAUUAUUUGAAGUUUUGCUUGUAGGCUGUAUGGGUGAAGGAAAUGCUGCAGAGCAUGUUAGAACGGCAUAUAUUUGCUACUUAAAAAAUUUAUUUACGGAUGUUUUCCCAAAUUUGCAAGCACAACUUGGUUUUCUUUCCAAUUUAUGGGUGUCUCAUGAAUUUGGACCUAAACAUAAGGGUAUAGCCAGCUAUGAGUUGCAGUUGAGAUCUCUUCUACUGGCAAGAUCUUUACUUUUAAAAACAGAAGAAUCUGUUGGUUGGACUAUGAACAUAACAACUGAGUCCAUAAUUCCACCCCUUUUGAUAUCUCUCUCAUGUCCCAUGGGUCCUGUGCGAGUAGCUGCUUUAGAGUGUUUUGGUGCUCUAAGAAAUACUUUUGGAGCAGCUCUGAAUCAGAAAGGAUAUCAUUGUCUUCUUUCUAACCUCUUAGAGUUUGAAGAGGAACUAAAACUUGACGCAGAACAAAUUUCUGUUGUUUUGUACAAACUUCUGUCUCCUGAUGAAGCUGUUCAGAGUUGCUAUACCAGUACUCAGAAAAGACAAUUAAAUAUAAUAAUGAAUGCUCUGUUUGAUUGUGUUGUGCAGAAUGAAACACCUUUGCAUUUUAAAGCAGCUCUCUUAAAAAUCUUGAGCCACGUGAAUUCUUCGAAUAUAAUGAAUAAAUUAGCACCGGUUGCAAAAGAAGUUCUUUCAGUGGCUGUGUCUAGUGGGAAUCAAUUGGAUUUCUACAGAUCAGCUAUGUUGAGAAAUAUCUUUUCAAGAUUUGAAAAUGACACUUACAGUUCUCUAACAAAACAUAAAGAAGUAUGGAACUUAUUUAAAACUGCUCUUUUUGAUUACAAAAGUUUGGUGUAUGAAGAAAAUUCAAGGAUUACAUGCCCCUCUAUAAUAGCGAUGAAUCAGAUUUCCAAAGAUUUCUUUGAUGCCCUUCCUAAUUAUCAGCAGGACUUACUGAGUAUCUUGGUAAGAGUGGCAACUGAAGCAGAUUCUCCUGAUGUAGUGUCUGCGGUUGGGCAUGUGUUUAAGAAGAUUGUGCUGGAGUGCAAGCAUGUGGUAUUGGAGUUGGAGAAAGUGCGCGAUGCUCAGUGUGCUCCUGAUCCUCUCACUCUUAAACGACGAACAAGAAGUCAGGCAAAUAGUGCACGCCCCUCUGUGGAACUUUUGAAAACCAAGGAAUGGCAUGAAGGGACAACUCUUCUAGAAUUGAUCCAAAAUAAGAAGAAACUUCGAGGUGUACGUCUUUUGUUUCCAGUUUUAUUUGAUCUUCUAAAACGAUGUUUAGACUUUGAAGAGCAAGCACCUGUGGAGUAUAUAAAGCAGCUGAUUCUCUCAAGCCUUCUUCAUUGCUGUCAGAAGUUAUCAUCUGAAGCUGAAGAUAAUACAGAAUUGUCUGAAAAGGAGAUAAAUGUUGAACUUGUGGUUCAAUGUAUUCGUGCUUCCCAGAAUCCACAAACACAUCAUCAUGCUUUGCUCGUGUUGUCCCAGUUAGCAGGAAUGAUUCCAGAACAAGUCUUGCAUAAUAUAAUGGCAAUUUUUACUUUCAUGGGGUCAUCCAUUUUGCGACAAGAUGAUGCAUACAGUUUCCAGAUUAUUUCAAAAGUUGUAGAUACUGUCAUUCCUAUUCUUGUGAAGGCUAAUGAAGCCGGUGUGGAUCCAAGGAAACUAUUUGAUCCUGUUGCUGGUGUUUUGCGGGUGUUUGUUGACGCAUUAGUGGAUAUUCCAGAACAUCGUCAAAUGCCAUUGUUUCAUAAACUUAUGGUAACCCUUGGUGAAGAAAAUUUCUUGUGGUUGUUAAUGGCUCUUGUGAUAGAAAGUCAUGUUCGUCAAAGAACGGCACCAGAUCAGAAUAAAGAUGGAAUGCUUCCCAAGAAAUUGAACUUUGUUGUUAACCUUACUUUGAGAUUUCAUCCAUUGACUGCUAUUAAAAAUAGCAUAAGACUCAUGGAAUAUUUACAGAACUUGCCCAUGGAAAAAGAUCAGAAAGAUGACAAGGUUUCUGACCAAACAAGUGGUACUGUGACCAAGCUCUUUGAUGUAUCUAACUGUUCAAAAUCAGAAUUUCAUCAUUUUAAAUAUGCAAUUGUCAUAUUUUUGUCUGGAAUGAUGGGAGAUCCUAAUUUCAUCAAUCAGGUAGCAGCAUUGCCAACAGAUGAAGUAAAAGAUUUAGAACAAUAUUAUGCACAUCUUAUUGAAUGUGUUUUACAGCAUAUUCAAAUAUCUGUACAUGCAAGUGAAAUAAAUGUUGGCAAACCCACUGCAAAAUUUUGGAAGUGUAUGUUGGCCCAAAGUUAUGAUCUCCUAGAUAAAGUUAAUGCUCUUCUUCUUAGUGACAUGUUUCUUCAUGUUAUUUUGUCACUUCUUAAUAAUACAAUACAUACAGUACGUCGCAGGGCUAUGGAACUCAUGAAUGCUCGUUUACAAAAUGAAGAAUUUUUCAUGAGUUGCAAAACUGAAGAUUUACUGUCACUUGUAAAACCACUACUCAGUAUUAUUAGUACUAUUAAUGAAGAAAAUAUUAGUUUUGAUGAGCAGUUGAACCAACAAACAGCUUUGGCAUCUAUGAAGCUGAUGGCUCGUCUUAUGGCUUCCAAGCACAUUGAAAUUUUUGGGGAAAUCUUAGAUAAUUUGACUGACCUUAUUAUGAAGAAGACUCUCCAAGGAAAUGUUUUGGCUUCUGCUUUAUUAUGUGGUGCUGAGUUGUGCAGUUGUCUCAAAGCUUUUGCCGUCAGCAACCUUCCAAAAUUUAUGCCUGCUCUUCUAAAAGUCUUCAAAAAGGAGAAGAAGACAGAGAAGCAAAAACUUUCAAGUGAAGUUCCCCUUCGAGUUUUGAUGCCUGUUGUCAAUACUUCGUAUUUCCGGCUUCUAAAAAAGAAACAUUACGAAGCUUUGGGUCCACUUAUGAGCAUUUUGGCUGGUAGUUUUGCUGAAGUGUCAAGUGCAGAUUUUAAUUAUCUGCGGACAGAACUUUCCAACUUCUUUAUGGCAGCUCUUCAAUUUCGAUCAGAUAAUGAAGAGGAAGAGACAAGUCUAGAUAUUGUGGACUCUGUGGAAGGUCAUGUAAUUAAAGCCCUUGUUGCAUUGGUGUUGAAACUAUCUGAGUCAUCUUUCCGGCCAUUAUAUUACAAUCUAUUUCAUUGGGCAACUGCUCUGGAUGUACAUAAGGAGAGACUUAUAACAUUUUACAGAGUUUCCCACAGUAUAGCAGAAUGUUUGAAAGGAUUGUUUGUUUUAUUUGCUGGACAUUUUAUCAAAAAUGCUGCUUCUCUAUUGGAUCAAACAAAUUUGUGCAAGUCAAACCCAUUAGUUUAUGGCAAAAGCCAGUCUGGAAAAGCAAAGAGUCUUCUCUUACUGGAUGCAGUAUUGAAAACAUUACAUUCCAUUUUUUUGUAUGAUAGUGCCCAAUUUUUAAACAAAGAAAGAUUUGAUACAUUGAUGCAACCCCUUGUUGAUCAGUUGGAAAAUACUCUUGGAGGUCUGGACAUGUACAAAGAACGAGCAUCAACUCUUCUAACUCCAUGCAUUGUACAAUUUGCUGUUGUGACUGCUGAUGACUCCCUUUGGAAGCAACUAAAUUAUCAGAUUCUCCUUAAAACACGAAAUUCUGUACGUCUAAUGGCUCUGCAAACAGUGUGUGGUGUAGCUCAGAAACUGGGUGACGAUUUCUUAACUCAGUUGCCAGAAACUGUUCCUUUCCUGGCAGAACUUAUGGAAGAUGAAGAAGAGGAAGUGGAACAAGCCUGUGUUAAAGUUGUUCAAGAAAUGGAGGAGAUUUUAGGAGAACCAUUAAAGAAAUACUUUUAAUAUUUUUAUCAAUUAUUGCAAAUGUGCAUGAGAGCAAAUGGGAGAAAAACGAUGUAAUUUAUUAAGUUUGUGAUUGGAUGUAAUUUGCUCUUUCAGUCUUUAUGAAAAUUAUUUUCACUCAUCAUUCAUGUUUAGUAAUGUUUGUUCAUAUGUGUAAACAAAUAGUUUUUACGUUGUCAUUACCUUUCAUUGUAAUAUAUCCAGAGCAUUUUGUUUUUCGUUUUUUAUGGGCAUUUGCAAUACAAUUUUAUAAUGUAAUAAAGAGUAAUGCAAUAAGAUAUUGCCAUGUAAAGGAAAUGUUAUUAAAAACAUUUAUUAUUGUAACUGUUUUUUUCCUCCUUGAAAUAUCAAAUUAGUGACGGAUACUUCUAUUUGUGAAUCAAUAUGAAUUCUUAUAUGAAUUUCACCGAAAGGGAAGAAAUACAUGUGAAAAUUAAGAAGAAAGGAAAUGUAAACUAAAUUCUGUAUCUUAUUCAUAUCCAAAGUGUUAAAUAUAUUCAUUCAUUUGAGAAAUGCUCAGAAGGUAAUAAAUUUAGUGAGAUUUUCCAGAAUGCAUGGUAGUUCUGCACUCAACUGAAACGCAUCCUCUGGAUUCAUUGCUCCUCACUUUACCCC